UUUGCAGAGAACGACAGGGUGUUGUCCAGGGUCAUGCCAAGGUUCUAUAUUUUGAUGUUGCUCACCCUUUAGUUUUCUGAUGAAAUGCUUUCAAUAUUUGUAAAUUAAUUUCUACAAUUUAUAGUUGGUUUGAGGUUUUUAAGUCAUUGACAUUUGGAGCUAUUUGAAUGUUAACAUCCCAUCCCAUGUACAUUGUGCAAUUUACAGAUGGUCCCUAACUAGCCCCAUAUGGAAAUCCAAAGUUAAUCCAAAUUUACCACAGGCAUUAUGAUUGGGUCGGGUACAGCAGCACCCUGAAUUGAUGAUUACUUGUGUGCUGCCAGCUGUGGGCAUGUGGGCAGUAUUGAACAGCUGUGGAGACUGCUGAGGGGAGAAUGGCUCAUAAUAAUGGGUGGAAUGGAGUAAACGGAAUGGUACAAAAUUAAUUUAUGUUGUGAUGCAGUAGUCACGACCACAAUCUCACAAAACUCAGUUAAAGACUGACUUUAUGACAAAUUAUCCUAUUUUCAAUUGGUAGUCAAUUUUGACACUGAAGAAUACGUUUUGGACUCAUAUCAAUACCACACAUGCUGUUUUCUAAAUGAGAAGUUGGUUUUUAGGGGUGGUUGCUGUUUAAAGAGAAAGAAUUUGCUAGUUAAGAUGAGCUAUUUUUACUUCGCUGUCCUUACCACGUGCGUGAUGUUACCAAAUCAUUAUUUAGAAUUAAAGCCAAGCUGACAUUUGACAUUAACUCACCGCCUGUCAGAGAGCAUGGGAGCAAUUAUAUAUCUCCUGAUUCUGGCGCUUCUCAAGGACUAUGGUCAUGGAGAGCCACAGGAAGGUAUUGCUGUGUAUGUUUUUCUGGGUUUAUUGACUUCUGGUGCCACUCAACAAUGCUUGGACAUAGACGAGUGUGUUGAAUCCCCAGAUAUUUGUGGGAAUUGGGGAACCUGUCGUAAUACGGGUUGUAGCUACAUGUGCUUGUGUCCCAAUGGAUUUAGGAACUCUGGUGACAGACAAACUUCGUGUGUAGAGAAAGACAAGUGUGUUGAGUCCCCAGAUAUUUGUGGGAAAUGGGGAACCUGUCUUAAUCAGGUGGGUAGUUACAUGUGCCAGUGUCCCAAUGGAUUUAGGAACUCUGGUGACAGACAAACUUCUUGUGUAGACAUUGACGAGUGUAAUACAGACGGAGUAUGUGGAAAGAGGGGCAUCUGUCAAAACCUGAUUGGCAGUUACUGGUGCGAGUGUCCUGCUGGAUUUACUAACUUUGGCAAAAACCAAAAUAAGUGUGUAGAGCUUAAUUGUGACCAGUACGAAACACAGCCUGGACAGACUCUACCAGGCUUUGACAGUUUCUUGUCUCUGUUGAGAAACAACUGUUUGGUGUUGAACAACUCUACGUUGUCUGGACCUACAAGACCGCUGCCAACUGGAGAUGUGCUUUUGACAUUACUGGUUAAUACCACUGAUGUUCUUCAACUGGACCUCCAGUCCAAUGGUCACCGUAGUAGCAGUGAAGUGACUAAGUUACUGAAGACCAUUGAAAUCUCGAUCAGACUGAUCGCUCCACUGCUGACCGAGAACGUGACCAGGAUAGAGACCAACCACACAGACGUUGAGAUUCUGGUGAGGAGAGACAAGACUCCACCUAAAGGACCAGUCAGCCUGACCAAUGAGAACACUCAACUUGACACCACCUGGGAGACGGUGAUUGGAGAUUACCAGAAUUACCAAGGGUUUGCGUUUGUCGUUCUGCUCAGCUAUAAGAAUCUGGAUAGUCUGAAGGACACCACUUCUCGUCAGAACCUGCAGCUCAUGUCCAGUGCUUUGACGGUGUCCGUUAGCAACUCCAACACAACAAACCUGCCCCAACUGAUUAAUCUCACCUUCAAUCACCUGCAGUCCAGUGAUGUUGACCCCACCUGUGUUUAUUGGUCGGAUGAGAAUGGACCGGGGGUGUGGUCUGAGCUGGGUUGCACCUCAGUGAUGUCAAACUCCAACCAAACUGUGUGCUCCUGCAGCCAUCUCAGCACAUUCGCUCUGCUGAAGGGAAUCCAUCAGAAAAAGGGAACCGGGCAGCUGUCGUUGGUGAUGUGGGGGGGUGUGUUUGUGGCACUGACCUGUGUGGUCCUGUCCCUGAUCACAACCCUGUGGUGUCGCUUUGUCAGCCGCAAACGCCGUGGAGGAAACCGGCUGAAACAGGAUGUACAACUCCAUAGAAAAUAAGACAUGGAUUUUAACUAUUUGUGUUCUAAGAAAAGCUUUACUUGGAAUGAAUUUGUAACGUUGUCUCUUGGCUUGCAAGGACAUCCACAUGCCAGCAUUUUUUAUUUAAGUAGUAUAAAAAUGUAUCAAACAAACAAAAAUAUAAGAACACAACUUUAUGUUAAUAGAUAUACAAUAUCUCAUGUAUAUAACUCUUAUCAGUUCUGGAGUGUAACAGAUGAGCUCUCAUCUCUAUGGCAACAUACAUAAAUGCUUUUACUCUUAAACAUGGUGUGUAAUUUGUAGAGAUGAGAAUAGUGGUAUAUCCACUCAACGCUGCAUUUGACCAGUAUUAUGCCACUUGGUUGUUGUUGUAACUGAGUUAUUUUAAGUGAAAGUAAUAUUUUCCUGUUUAUUUUAGUGCUUGAGAAGGUAUUUAAUUCCAAAAAUCAUCUCGCUAUUAUUUCCUCCAUUCUGAUAUAAAUAUCUAAAUAUGAGUUGUCCGUUUCUUCAAAAAUAAAGCACGACAUCAUCCUGAAA